AUGGCCGUCUCGAUCGAUGCUCCACAAUGGAUUGCUUCAAGAUGGAUAUCAUUCCUUAUGGGUACAGUUUGCGGCGUCGGAAUCGCUCUGAUUACUACAUCACAUGCCAACUGGACAACGGCCAAGAUAUUCGCCGUUGAACGAAAUGAGAUCCCAAUGUCAACAACAUCCCAGCCCACAGCUACUCCACAAGUGCGUAUCACGACCCUAGAGGAGGAGACGAGCAGUGAAGAACGCGCCCACGAAAGCGACCGUGGAUCCAACGAGCAGACGAAUCAUCUCGUAUCAAGUAGGCCCCAAACACCCGCAGAGACCGAUGUCGAGGCAGCGAGUGUGCAAUUGGAUGAUCUUCACGACCUCGAAGACUACUUGUACCAACCGAAACCCCACGUUACCGACGACACGCGGCGGCCGAAACAUGAAAAAGAGUCUAGUUUACCCAACUAUACCUCCCGGUGUACCACGGGUUCUGGAUCUAAACUGGAACCCCUUCUCAAAACAAUCCACAGACUCUUUAACCAGCUGGAGAACAUACCCUGCCAUUGUCCCUACGACUUGUCUGACGAAGGCUUGUUGCUCGCUUAUGAAGAGGGCGAGUCCAUUCGCGAGGAUCUGGAGAAAGCCGCUUUGCGCUUCGCCAUUAGACAAGGCUGCUCCGAGAUCGCAUCUCGCUAUGUCACAACGAAGGGCAGCCGAGACUGGGAUAUCCUAAAGCUGGCAAUUGCGUGCGGGCGGGUGGACGUGACAAGAACGUUUCUUGCUUCAUCGAAACUAGAUGACCACGUCAAGCACUGCGGUUUUGAAGAAGCCGCCCACCAAGGCCAGCUGGAAAUCAUGGAUCUCUUCAUGUUGGACGCUGCGGUCGACAUAAACGGCUGCGGUGAAACGAAUCCCUUGAAAGCUGCCGCCGCCGCGGGAAGAGUCGAUGCAGUGAGAAAGCUGAUUCGGGCUGGUGCUAACCUUGAGGCUCGAGGAAAGAUUUCCAUGAGCGAUCGGCUCAAACCGCUAGAUCUGACGCCUCUCGUCACAGCCGUGGCGUACGACCAGUUUGAGGCGGUGGUAACGCUGCUUGAGGCCGGAGCAAUGAUCGAGGAUGAACUGGAGCCCAAAAGAGCACCCCUGAAUAUAGCGACGGGGGCCGGCCUUCCGAGAAUGGUGGCAUUAUUGCUCCGGUUCGGAGCCAAACCUGGUACGCCGAGAUCACCUUACACAUGGGAGGAUAUCCUGGCGCUAGCCGUUAAAAUGGGACAUGGGGAGCUGGCGAGUAGAGCUCUCAGUGAGGGUGCCGACAUCAAUAUGGCGGUGGCGAGGUUUGGAACAUUACUCAAGCGCGCGGCCAUACAAGGCGACGAGCAGAUGAUCAGGCUCCUUAUCCAUCAUGGUGCCGAUGUCAACGAUUUCGGGUCCAUCUACGAAUGGGGUGGCAACUGUGCUCUCCUCGCAGCGGCCUCUUGCGGGAUCCUGAAUGUCUUUCUGCUUCUGCUUCGCCACGGCGCGUUGAUGGAGAAUGCCAAUGGCAUCUUUGGCAAUCUAAUGCAGACGGUGGCUCACUUGGGGCAUGCCGAUAUUAUGCAGGCCAUUUUCGAGAACAACCGGGAGAUCGACGUGGGUGACACAGGCUGUUCGCGGAUUCCUCUGAGUCCUUUCUGUGUGGCGAUACAUUAUCAUCUCCAAGUGCGGUGCGGAAUGGCUAAAGCUGUCCCAGGAGGAAAUCACCUUCAAGUAAUGCUCCUGCUGUUUGACCACGGGGCAAGGUUGACAGAUCAAGAUCUCACUGCCUUGCGUCGCAUUUUCUCGGACUUUGCUACUCAAAAGGAACUAGACCAACUACUGAAGCCGUUCCUUUUCCAUCAAGAAAUAUAA